AUGGAGAGGUCCCAGAGCAAACUCAGCCUCUCGGCGUCCUUCGAGGCCCUGGCCAUAUACUUCCCCUGCAUGAACUCCUUCGAUGAGGACGACGUCGAUGCAGAGGGGCGCAGGCUGAAGAGUAUCCAGCGGAGCACGGAGACGGGUCUGGCUGUGGAGAUGCCCAGUCGCACCAUCCGUCAGGCCAGUCACGAGUCCAUCGAAGACAGCAUGAACAGCUACGGCUCCGAGGGGAAUCUGAACUACAGCGGCAUGUGCCUGGCGUCUGAUGCCCAGUUCAGUGACUUCCUGGACGGGAUGGGACCAGCGCAGUUCGUGGGCCGACAGACGCUGGCCACCACCUCCAUGGGUGACGUGGAGAUCGGUCUGAUGGAGAGGAACGGCUCUCUGGAGGUGGAGGUGGUCCAAGCCCGAGGACUCACCAUGAAACCUGGCUCCAAGUGUCCCCCAGCGGCGUACAUAAAGGUCUACCUGCUGGAGAACGGACUCUGCGUGGCCAAGAAGAAGACCAAGAGCGUGAGGAAGAGCCUGGACCCUCUGUACAACCAGCUGCUCGUCUUCAGUCAGAGCCCCCAAGGCAAAGUCAUGCAGGUAAUUGUGUGGGGCAACUAUGGACGCAUGGACAGGAAGUGCUUCAUGGGCGUUGCUCGGAUCCUGCUGGAGGAGCUGGACCUGAGCUCGAUGGUGAUUGGCUGGUACAAGCUGUUCCCUACCUCCUCCAUGGUCGAGCCCACGAUGGCGCCGCUAAUACGCCAGUCCUCCUCGCAGAUGUCUCUGGAAAGCAACAUUCCCUGCUGUGAAAGAUCUUAA